UACACCUCCUCCUCAUAUCCAUUACCUUUCAAAUCCUAUCCUACAAUGGAGUUCACCAACCAGAGCAAAUGUAUCUGCUUGGCCUUGGUCCUCAUGUUGGGGGAUUGGUCUUCCGAAGCCACUUCUCGUAGUUUCAACGAUGCAUUUGCUUAUGGGAGGUACGAGCAAUGGAUUGCUCGUUAUGGACGUGUGUAUAAUGAUAUCAAAGAGAAGGAGGAUCGCUUCAACAUAUUCAAGGAGAAUGAGGCAUUUAUAGAUACUUCCAAUAACGAUGGAAACAAACUUUACAAGUUGAGUUUGAACCAAUUUGCAGACCUUACAAAUGAAGAGUUCAUUGCCUCAAGAAAUCGAUUCAAGGGGCACGAAUGUUCCACGAAGACCACUACUUUCAAGUACGAAAAUGCUACUGUGCCGGCUACAAUGGACUGGAGAAAGAAGGGAGCUGUAACUCCCGUCAAGGACCAAGGCCAAUGUGGAAGUUGUUGGGCGUUCUCGGCAGUGGGAGCUAUGGAAGGAAUCACUCAAAUUACAACUGGUAAACUAAUCUCUUUAUCUGAGCAAGAGCUAGUUGACUGUGAUGUCCAAGGUGAAGACCAAGGCUGUUCAGGUGGCUUUAUGGAUGAUGCCUUUCAGUUUGUCAUUCAAAAUCAUGGUAUUAAUACCGAAGCUAAUUAUCCCUACACGGCUGGCAAUAGUACAUGCAAUGCUAAGGAGGAAGCUGGUCAUGCAGCCACUAUAACUGGCUACGAAGAUGUGCCUGCAAACAGCGAAAGCGCCCUUCUUAAGGCCGUGGCUAAUCAGCCUAUUUCUGUUGCCAUUGAUGCUAGUGGAUCUAACUUUCAGUUCUAUUCAAGUGGUGUUUUCACAGGAACCUGUGGAACGGAUCUAGACCAUGGUGUUACUGCUGUUGGUUAUGGUGUGAGUGCUGAUGGAACUAAGUACUGGUUGGUAAAGAAUUCAUGGGGUGCACAAUGGGGUGAAGAAGGUUAUAUAAGAAUGCAAAGAGAUGUUGCUGCACCGGCAGGUCUUUGUGGCAUUGCCUUGCAAGCCUCUUACCCCAUUGCAUAGUGUACCAAUAAAAAUUUAAUCAAAGCCCACUACCAUCGUAGGUAUAUAUUUAUCAUGGUAUGUACAUGGAGGAAUGCUAGCA